GUUCCAUGCGCUCUGGCUACGGGGCUGUAGGCUUCGAGCUGCUGAGCUGCCGCUGCUGCUGCAGGAGCUUCAGGCUGCUGGCGUGAGGACGAACAACAGGGGCUACACGCGCGCUCAGGCUGUCGGGUGGCAUGUUCACCUCAUCGGAGACCGCGUUCCCCUGGGGGGACCAGUGGUGCCAGACGAUGAACACUCGGAAAAGGAACACUCGGACGAGGAACAAUCGGACAAGGAACACUCGGACGAGGAACAAUCGGACAAGGAACACUCGGACGAGAAACCCUCGUACGAGGAACAAUCGGACGAGGAACACUCGGAUGAAAAACAUUCAGACGAUGAACACUCGGACGAGGAACACUCGGACGAGGAACACUCGGACGAGGAACACUCGGACGAGGAACACAGACUAGGAACACUUGGUCUUCAGACUGUCAUAGAAGAUGCAUAUUGUCUGCAGGACCGCUGCGAACAUCUCUUCCUUCACGAGCAUUCAGUGCUCUUCCGGUGCCCCAGCAGCCCCGAGUGCGACGCUUCACACGCCUCAGGCGGCGGCCACUCAGGGGCGCGGCGGACGCUGACAUCGGCGUCGUCCAUGGAGAGCUUCUUGUCUGCUCAGGGCGACAUCACAGACCUGAGGGACCUGGAUGACUUUGAUGAGUCGCAGUUCCCUCUGUACCUCGUGGCCGUCAGACUCAAUGAAUCCGUGGGCAUCCCAUUCAGGGAGCUGAGGACGGAGGAGGUGCAGUGCGCUAGCGACGCAAAGUACGUGUGUAAGGUUCACUGCAUCAGGCUGGCGUCGCAGCUCCUCUUCAGCAAGCAGGAGAACAGGGACUGGUUCAUCCAGUCUGGCCACCACAUCAUCGCUGAUCUCACGAUCAAAGCAGGCAAGGACCCCAAAGAAGCGGUGAUGGCGUACGGCGCGAUGCUCGAGUACCUCGGCGCUUGCGAUUGCGGGCUACUGGAGGAGGAGUUGCGAGGUCGAGGCGUCGUGGCGAUCACCUUUUACGACGUGGUGCUAGACUUCAUCCUCCUCGAUGUCUUCGAGGACCUGGACAUGCCUCCCUCCUCCGUCACCGCCGUCGUGCAGAACAGGCGCUCUCCGCAGCAGUAUGGUCCAUACUUGGGACGAGGAAAAAUCGGACGAGGAAUACUCGGAUGA